GAGACAACAGCUCAGGCCUGAGGCAACGCAGCUCUAUAAAGCAGCUGUAUAAAGGGAUCAGGAGGCUGCCCGGUCCCUGGAGAGACCCUUCCACCAGAAGGACCCACACAGCUCAUGGACUGUUCCACACCCAGGUGCAGCGUCUGGAGGGAACUGGUCCUUGUGGUCAGUUUGCUGGCCUGUGGGAUCCGCCAGUCCUCCAGCCAAAUCUACAUCAUCCCAGACACACUCGUAGGGGUGGAGGGAUAUCGGAGCUACCUGGUCCUCGGGAACGCCCCUGAGGAUGCUCAGGAAUAUAGCUGGCACCGGGGUGCAAAUGACACCGAGGGAAACAUGAUUAUUAGCUACGACAGCACGUCUGAUUCCCGGCAGUAUGGGCCCAUGUACAGUGGCCGGGAAGCCCUGUCUAACGCAGGUAACCUGCUGAUCAUUCGGGCUCAAUUAAAUGACACGGGGAACUACACUGUGCGGGUGGAUGCCAUCAACGGGACCCAGAGAGCAACUGGCUGGCUCAAGAUUCAAGAGUUAGAAAUCCCGGGCAUCUCGGUCAACACCAGCUCCGUGGUAGAGGACAUGGAAUCCGUGGCUGCCGUCUGCGACACCAAUGCCACCAACGUCACAUGGUAUGUGGAUUACAUACCAGUGUCCAGCAACAGCCGGAUGACAGUCUCCCCAGAUGGCAAGACCCUCAUCAUCCAAAGAUUCAGCCACUCCGACAAACCACUUCAGUGUGGGAUAGAAAUCCUCCCAGAGAUUAUUCAAAGAAGUGAACCCAUCUCUUUGACAGUGUUCUUUGGACCCUACUAUGUGCUGUUGUGGACCAAUCCGAAUGACUUCAAUGGCGUCAAUGGCGUCCUGUCCGCUGAGAUCGGCUCCCAGGUGGAGAUGGAGUGUGUCUCCUACUCCAGACCGGAAUCCAAGUACCGCUGGAUGCACAAUGGCUCCCUCCUGAGCUUCUCAGAGAAAAACAUCACCCUCCUGAAUCUGACCUGGGACCAGAUGGGCAGAUACAGAUGCAUCGGGGAGAACCCCGUCACCCAGCUGACCUUUUACCAGGAAGUCCAGGUGCAGGCGCCCUGGCGCAGGACCAUUGUUACCAAAACUUUCACCAUCUCAGGAACCUGGGUGGUGCUUCUCAUCUUGAUGACAGUCCUGGGAGGUGGCUUCUUCUGUAUCAUCCUGAUCCAUACCCUGAUCAAACAUUACUCCACCAGGUCACAUUGGGGUACAUGACCUCAGACCUGGAGGACAAGACCAGAUGGGAAAAGAGGAAAAAUAAAAAGUCUUCAAGUGAUGCUA